UUUGCAGCGCAGACAGUUUAGUUUGAGUUUUCUGGUUUAGAUGGAGGAUAUUGUUUGAGAUAGGUUGACGACAAUUACGAGAAUGUCUCUGACAGUCACCUUGUUUUUAUCCGUUCUUCUUCUUAAUCUCUGCAAACUUGUUUCAAGUGAAGAUAUACAGAAGUUUAAAGGUGAGAAUUUCUCCUUUAAGUGCCCUACUGCUGAAGACAAGGCGUUGGGUGUAUAUCUGUUCAGCAGAAGAGAGGACGUCCACGAAGUUCUCUAUUACUAUUUUGAAGACAGCAAGUUAACUUUGCACGAAAACUACAAAGGACGCAUUGAAGUCAAUGCUGACAAUAAAACUCUGACCAUAAACAUCUUUAACCUACAACUGAAGGACACUGGGGCUUAUUGGUGCACUUGCAACAUUUUUCAGUCCACAUGCCAGAUGACAGACAAAGGUGUUUUUAUUUUGGUUAAUGAGAUCCCGAUUGAAUCAGCUUCUUCCACUGCUAAUAAUGCCACUGGCAUGAGGGAUUUUCUGAUACCAGUGACAGCUCUGACAGCUGGAAGUGUGCUGUUACUGCUGAUCCUGGUGGCUGUAGUGUGGAUGUUACCCAAGAUAAAGGAACAACGCAGAAGAAAGGGGGAAGAUGAGAGAAGACAUACUAAUGGAAUAUACGAGGAAAUGAGGUGUAAUAAAAAUAGCUUGUAGGCACAUACGCACAAAUAUACUUGGUGGGAUUUCCGUAUUCAAAAUUUGCCCAAGAAGCCACAUGUGGUGGUGCUUGCUCCCUCAAUAUUAUUUGCAAAUCUUCAUGUAAAUUCUCUUUUACAAUGUUGAUUUCUGAAAACCUUGUCAUAUAGUUUCUUAAGUGUUUUGAAUUUUGUAACUGUUAACUGUUUUGGCUGUGACUCAUUCUGUUCUGCACAGCUACUUUGUGAAAGGCUGUUAGCAAGUUCAUCAAAUUAAAAAAAAUCUUUUUUUUAUGUUUGAUCUAUUUCUGCAGAAACAUGGCAACUGACCUUUUUAAGGACUUAGUUCAUCUUUUGUAAACAGUUUAAAUCUUUGAAUCUUUUUACAGUUUGUCUCAGUCCUCAUAUCUUCUGUAAAUAAGUUAUCUUCUGUAAUUUUAGUUGUUGUUGUUAUUGUGUAUUUUACUAAGCUUUUCAUGUUAGUUAGUCCAUUAGCAUUAAAUGAGUAUUUGGGAUUUGCCUGUUGCUGGAACUUGAGUCCAAUGUAGAAUUAUUUUACUUAAGCUUUAUUAUUGGUGCAUAUGUUUAAUAAAUGUUUUAAAUGACAAAUUUACUUAUGUGGAUUCUAGCUGCAUACCUGAUGUACCUUUUGUCAGAGUGAGAAUGAGACAGAGACCCAAUAGCAUAAUAAUAGUUCAAAGGAUUUAUUAACAAAUGUCAACAUAAACUGCACUGGCGAUAAAUAGGAAUCCCAGCUGUGGCUGCAGUAGCAGGAGGCAAGGAACAAGUUUGUGUAUGCAUUGUGGCCACGCAGUGAGCAAAGGAUGAGUGUGUUCAUAGACAGGUGUAUGUAUUGUGGAAGUCAGGAGCAGAUCCAAAGGAACAGUCCGUUGAAGCAUGGUGUGGUGCAGAGAGCACAGCCUGGACGAAGGAGGGCAGUUGUAUUCCCAACACGCGGGCAGAGAUGAAGAAUCCUCCACUGGUCGAUUUGAGGGUGGCAAGGACAGGACUAUGGCAAACUGGAAGCUAAACACACUUUCAGACACAUUGGCAGAGAUAGGCAACCAAUAGAUACAUGAGACAGCACCAACUUGACAAAGAGAGCAAGGUUAGCCGCUUGACAGCACAAGCAAUAAUUUAGCGAAGAUAGUGAGGACACGCAAGGAUUAAGUAGGGAGUGCAAUCAGAGUGGAACAGGUGUAGCUAGCACGUUAAUAAGCAGCAUGGUCAGAGCUUCCCCGGGAACGAUCAAUGUUCCCAUGGAAACAUGUGUGCCGGCUCCACCUGUAAGACAUUAGAGAGAGAGAAAAACAAAACAACAGAAUAAAUCAGUGAUCUCACCGGAGCGUGACACCUUUAUGUCACUUUAAUGUAAUUUACUGUUAAUGGUAUAUUUUAUUCCUUAUGCAACUGUUAACAGCUCUUGAUUGCAUAACUUAAUUAGUAAUAUAUGUUUAAAUUGAACUUUAGAGGAAUAUUGUCCAAAUUUUUGGCAAGCGCUGAAAACAGGAUCUGAAUCUGUCACCUGCAGCCCGUGUUUUAUGUAACUUGCCACCUUGGUCUAUCUUGGGGGCUUGCAUAUUCUACAUCAUAGAGACAAGCCUGCAGACUUCCUCCUGUGGUGGAAUAUAUUCAUGUCAAAUAUCUGUGAAAGAGAGUUAGAUUUUCUUCAGCGGGGCUCACUGGGGGUGGACCUACUUUGUGAUGCAAUGUUAUAGGAAACAGUGCAGAAAAUGUGUGGGUUAAAGGUGUUUUUUGUUGUUGUUU